GGCUGGAACCAUGCUGACCUGCCUGGCCCGGGGGAAUUUGCUGGACGUGCUGCAUGAGAGCUGCAACGAGCAACAGCUGCAGGCCUAUGUGGCCUGGGUGAAUGCUCAGCUGAGGAAGAGGCCUACGGUGAAGCCUGUACAGGACCUUCGGCAGGAUCUUCGGGAUGGGGUGGUCCUGGCCCACCUCAUCGAGAUUGUUGCAGGAGAAAAGUUGAGUGGGGUCCAGCUGAGUCCUAAUAACCAACGGGAGAUGAAAAAUAAUGUGGAAAAAGUUCUACAGUUUGUAGCCUCCAAAAAGAUUCGAAUGCAUCAGACUUCAGCUAAAGAUAUCGUGGAUGGAAACCUCAAAUCUAUCAUGAGGCUGGUCCUGGCCCUGGCUGCGCAUUUCAAACCCGGCUCCAGCAGGGCAAUGGGCCAGGGAAGGGGCCCCCGAGCCCCACUGCAGAGUCACCAGCCACAUUGUGCCACUGCCAUGGCACAUGGUGCAGCAGCUGCCCUGGCUGAUGUGUGUCAUGACAUGUCGCGAUCAGGACGGGACAUCUUCCGGUACAGACAGAGGAACAGCAGCAUGGACGAAGAGAUCGAGAACCCCUGCUGGAGCGUCCGUGCCCUGGUGCAGCAGUAUGAGGAACAUCAGAAGUCCCCAUCUGAGACCAGCUGCUCCAGCCUGACUUCACCCAGUCCUGUCCACAGUGCAAAGAGUGAAUCCAUUAUAACCCAGGCAGAGGAGAAGACAGGUUUUGUGGUUAUUCCUUCAGAAGAAAUAGAGAACCGGACAGAGGAGACAGACUCUCCCUUAUCUCGAGACUGGCAGCCAGGGAGCCCCGGAACCUACCUGGAGACUUCAUGGGAAGAACAGCUGUUGGAACAACAAGAACAUUUAGAAAAAGAAAUGGAGGAAGCAAAGAAAAUGAUCUCAGGAUUGCAGGCCUUAUUGCCAAUGGAUCCUUACCCUGAAGACGAACAGGAGAGGCCUUUGGCCACCUGUGAGCCAGGAGUCAAUCCGAAGAACAAGCUGGUAAGCUCUAAUCGUCUGGAUCAGAGUAUGGAGGAAAAUCAGGACCUAAAGAAGGAGCUGCUGAAAUGUAAACAAGAAGCCAGAAACUUGCAGGGGAUCAAGGAUGCCUUGCAGCAGAGGUUGACUCAGCAGGAUACUUCCGUGCUUCAGCUCAAACAGGAGCUCCUCAGGGCGAAUAUGGACAAAGAUGAGCUGCACAACCAGAAUGUGGAUCUGCAGAGGAAGCUAGAGGAGAGGAACCAGCUACUGGGAGAAUACAAAAAAGAGCUGGGGCAGAAAGACCGCCUUCUCCAGCAGCAUCAGACCAAGUUGGAGGAAGCACUACGGAAGCUCUCGGAGGCGAGUUACCAGCAGGUAGAUCUUGAGCGGGAGCUGGAACACAAAGAUGUCCUUUUGGCUCAUUGUCUCAAGAGAGGGACAGAGGAGGUGAACAACCACAACAGUCACUCAUCUCCAAGCAAUGGUUUCCUACCCUCAGUGGCUGGAAAAGGAGGUUCCACUGUCACGCACAGAGGGACCAGCGACUUGCAGCUUGUACGAGAUGCCCUCCGCAGCCUGCGCAACAGCUUCAGUGGCCACGACCCGCAGCACCACACCAUCGACAGUCUGGAGCAGGGCAUCUCCAGCCUCAUGGAGCGCCUGCAUGCCAUGGAGACCCUGAAGAAGCAGGAGAGGAGGAUUCGUGGCAAAUCACCCCGAACUCAAGCAGAUAAUGAAUACCGGGAAUCUUGGUCCCCUAAUUCAAAGUUGCCUCACUCCCAGAGUGCUCCUGCAGUCAGCAGCACCUGCACAAAAGUGCUUUACUUCACUGAUCGCUCCCUCACACCCUUCAUGGUCAAUAUACCAAAGAGGUUGGGGGAAGUGACUCUGAAGGAUUUCAAAGCAGCUAUUGACCGGGAAGGGAAUCACCGUUAUCACUUCAAAGCUCUGGAUCCUGAGUUUGGCACUGUCAAAGAAGAGGUUUUCCAUGAUGAUGAUGCCAUCCCUGGCUGGGAAGGGAAAAUCGUGGCCUGGGUGGAAGAAGACCAUGGAGAGAACUAAACUGAAUGUUAGGUGGGACUUGUGGAAAUCAACUCACCCUGGCUGCUUGACUCAGGAAAGAGGAUCGAAACCAGGAAACACUACGAAGUUUCUAGUUCAUGCUGCCAAAGGAGAAGCUUCUCUGAGAGUGACGGCCAGAGGCCAGUCCUGUUUGUGUGCCUGGCACAUGAUCCUUAAAAUCCCUGUCCAAAUGGAGACCCCGGCUUCCUCCAGAGUUCCUCUUCUGAGGAACAAUGUUUCGUUCCACUCUGGGGACAACAAAUCCAAGGCCUUAACCAAUGGGGAUGGGCUGGUAGGCUCCUGUCGGGGCAUAGCUGCUAGGACCUGGAAACUGGGAAUGGGAUGUGUCACUCUGGCAUGUUACAGUAUUAAUUGGCCUCAAUGGUUACAUCAGAGUUUCAGCGUAUCACAGACAAGACACAACUGGGUCUCCUGUUUCCUGCUUCUCUGCAGCUACUGCAAACACAUGGAGGGGGCAGCCUACCCCUCAGCCAGCUUUUUGGACUGGAUGUGGAUGGUGCAGAAUCUUGAACUGGUUGUAAAACAGCGCACAUCCUUGGCCAAAACCAUAAUGAAGUUAGACCUUGAGCUGCCUCUUUUGUCUUAACCUGGUUCUGCAACUUGUCCUUGAGCCCAAGAGGACAUAUUCCAUGUACUGCUACUUAUCUCUGGGGACUCUUAAUUGUAGAGUCUUUUUAAACGUUCUGAUGGACUUUAUAUUUGAGGGAAUAAGGAGUUAAAAGGGCUCCUUGAGAAUCCAGACGGGUGUAGAAAGGUGCUGCUACCCAUAUCUUCUUGACUUUCUUUCCCUUAGGACAUUGUUUCUCUCCUGAUAUCUCCUUUGCACUCAAAAAGGAGACUUGCCAUUAAUUUCAGUGAUUUUUUUGUGAAUUUUGAGAACCAAGCAUGAGUUACUGAUCUGGCUUUCUUUGUUUCAAUGCCAGAAGUAUUUUUUUUCUAUUAUCUAUUGAAUUUAGGCUGAUCCUUUAGGACACAAUAGAAACUAUGGGGCAUGGAGCAUGAGUUGUGAAUGGCAGGGUUGAUUCUGGAUGAAAAAAAAACAAACAAACAAACAAAUCUAGAACACUUUCUCAUGUGUGACAUUACUAAGUGGAGUAGCUCAAAAAUAAGUCAAAUUGCCAGUGAGUACUCAGUAACUUGGGUUUUCUCAUUCAUUCACCAGUCAUCACCAGUCAUUGUAUAUAUAGGUACAUCCAUCAUACGCAAGUUUGUAUGAUAUACGUAUACAUGAAACACAAACAAGCAGCCUGCCUCUGAUCACCAACAUUCACUGCCAACCUAAAAAGUUAGAUCAGUUCUGGGUUCUUGACCCAUCUGUCUAGUUCAUCACCCGUUUCAGCCAUUUCCAGCAGACGACUGAUGCUCCUAGAGGACAUUUCAUUGUUUUAUAUGGAACUGUCUUUUUAAAAUAAUUCAUGUUUGGAGAAUUCUUUUGUAACUCAUUUACCUUUUUUUGUCUGAGAAUCACGUCUAUUUUUAUAACUUGAGUGUGAGUUCUGUAUAUUCUCACAUUCUGUAUACUCGAUCCAUUUUCUAGAGAACCUGGUGACUUUUUUACAGGCUCUUCUUACCAGCCCUUGUGGCUUUAGAUCAGCUUUAUUUUAUUAAAAGUAUAUUAAUGACAACUAACUACAGUUCCAAUUCUGCCUGCCAUUUUAGGGGUGGAGGUAGUUUUAAUUUAAAAUUGAACUGAUUGCUGCUCUUGUAGACUAGAGUUCAAAAGAUGGCUGAUAUGGUCCACGUAAGUUGACCAAAUUUUCUCCUAUUCACAGGAGAAUGAUUUUUCAUUUAAAAAAAUGUAAAAUGUUUGGUAAAGACUGUUCAAAUCAAGAAAAAUUCAUUAUGGAAGAAAAUAGAAGAAAGCAUAUUCUCGGGUCCUUUUUUAGAGAAGUCUGUCUGGAUAAAAAGUUCUCGAGUCACCAAUUUGUCUGUUACAUGAAUUCUAGUGUUUUUCUCUAAAGCAGCACCAGAGUUUUUAAGCCAAAAUCCUAUAUUGUAUUUCCCAUACAGUACAGCUGGAGAACCUCUCUCUUAAGUCAGUUUUAUUUUUUAACUUGUCAGGUUUUUAUUUGUUUGUUUCAGACAACAGUCUUAACUUAUGUAGAAUUGAACUUUUCAGAGAAAAUUAAAUCAGAACAAUUUCAAAGUCACCUCAAGCUGAUUUUUCUUACUGAUUUAUGUCCUCUGGAAGAGGAGUCACAUGGCCUUUGCAUCCAUAGAAAAUUGAAAUUGAGGAUAGGAGGGGAAAGAACAUUUUUUUCCUUUAGUUCAUAAAUCUAUUGUGCCACAGUUAAUGACUGAGUACCCUUGUUACAGGUUAAUCAUUCUUGCUCCAGUAAUUCUUGUAUAAAAUGUGUCGGUCAUCCUUGUUUCAAUUUCUAGAGACUGAGAAGGCUUCUGAGAAGUGUGCUCUGAUCGAUUCAGGUUUUAAAUGUCUGGUUUAGAUGCCGGUGGCUAUACCAGUGUCUCCUAGACUGAGUGCUGUCCUCUAGUGGCACUUGUGUGGCAUGGUCGACCCUUCUACAGCUGAAGUUCUUUUGAGAAAAGGAAAGAGUUAAAAUGUUAAAGACGUCAUAAAAUAAUCUUUAACCCCCACUGGGUUAACAAAAUAAAUGACCCUCUUGUAAAAAUAAACUAGCAUAAAGCUCAAUUCUUUAAAAUGCCUUAAUUGAAAAACUGGACUGGGGGCCUAAACAAUAGCUGGUGGAAGAGUGUUCUGUUUGCCUCUCAAAGGGUCCACCUGGUUUAGAUCCCCAGCAUCCCAUAAGAUCACCAGAGCCUGACAAGAAUAAUUACUGAGUGAAAAUCCAGGAAUCAGUCCAGAGCAUUGCAGGGUGUGGCCCCCAAACAAAACAAAAUUGAUAAGUACUGAGGAAGUGACAGGAGAGAACAUAACAAGCUGAGAGCAUGCUUUUCAAACAGGAGGCCUGGGUUCCAUCCCUAGCAUCAACCAAGCAUCUCUGGGAGUGACUCCCAGGCACUGCUGGGUGUGCCACGCUCACCCACAGCCAUCCCUCCAAAACUCCACCAACAUUCAAAACCAAAAAAAUAACCAGGGACUCUUCUCAUUCAGUUUCUUCAAUUAGCUGAAAUUAGAACAAUUUACAAUUGAACCUAAAGAAUGUGGGUUAAACUUUACUCGGUUAUGGCAGUUCUACUUCCUGACCAACCUCUGAAGACUUUUGAUCAACUUUCAAAUUAAAGAAAGAUCUUGAAUACUUUACAUCAAAUUCAAGAAAACUCUAAUUUCUGUCAGAAUUAUUUUUAUUUCCACCUCCAAAAUAAACAUGAUUACACACUCCUAUUGUGUGAAUUUACGUAAGAGGUAUGGUUCAUUUAAAGUAAGUAUAUAUAAGAUUCUAUUUUCAUAGGAACCUGGAUGUUUGCAAUCAUUGCUUUCAAAGAGAUUGACUGCCACAUAUUCUAUUUUCCCUUUUACAAUGCUUUCAUUAAGACUUAAAGAGGCUUGUGAUUAUCAAAGUGAUAACCACUUUUAACUGCCUGUAUGUACCAGCUUUUUGAACUAAUUAAGAGGAAAAAACAAACAAUAAAAUGGAGCUUGCAAACUGAA